CCUGAUUCUGCACUCACUGCAACUUCGUUUUUUUAAGGCAAUUCCCUGAAAUUGUUGGGAUUUGGAUAGCUAUCCCUUUGCUUUGCUCUACUAUGUGCAUAUGGAUUUUCCGGGCAUUGCAUCUAUGAUAUCUGAACCAACUGAGAGGCUCAUUUCUCGUGGUUUGAAAAUUUUUAUGGUGGAAAGCAAAGCUGGUGCCAUGGUCUGUAUGCUUUUGGCACUGGCCUUUUUAGGCGCAUGGCCUGCUAUCAUGACGCUGCUCGAGCAACGGGGUCGGAUUCCUCAACAUACGUACCUUGAUUAUACUUUGACGAACUUCUUGGCUGCUAUAAUCACUGCUUUGACACUCGGUGAGAUUGGCAGCAGCACUCCGGAGAAACCCAAUUUUAUUGCUCAACUAUCUCAGGAUAACUGGCCCUCCGCUUUGUUUGCGAUGGGUGGCGGGGUUGUUCUCUCCCUCGGGAAUUUAUCUACACAGUAUGCAUGGGCUUUUGUUGGUUUAUCAGUGACAGAAGUGAUCUGUGCUAGCAUUACUGUUGUUAUAGGUUCGACCUUGAAUUACUUCUUGGAUGGCAAGAUCAAUCGAGCUGAAGUCCUAUUCCCAGCCGUUGGUUGCUUCUUGAUUGCUGCUGGUCUUGGAUCAGCUGUUCACUCAUCCAAUGCUGCAGAUCAUAAAGAAAAACUUCGAGGGGCUGGAUAUUCCACCACAUUGAAAGUUGCAAUCACAAAUGAGGGAACAAAGCUCUAUUAUAUUGCCUUGUUACUUGCUGCUCACGUCUUAUUAUGAGACUCCUUCGAUUAAGUAAACAGAACUAAAUAAUCUGGAGACUGGGAACAGCACUACAGAGAAGGCAAAGGUCGGCACCACAUAAUUCCUUUUAGAUCUCGAGAACCGGAGAGCGAUUAAGGUCGGACUUUCGAGGUUCUAGAUGCCAUGUUGCAAUAUUAUAUAUGUUGAUAUUGGUUUGAACCACAUUGCAGGUGUUCGGGAAGAGCACUUUAAUCGGUAUAUCGACAACUUU